GUCUCAGAUCAGAAGAUGAGUGAUUUGGAAGAAGAGGAGGACGGAGCAGAGUCUGUAGUAUCUGGCUGUCAGACUAUGAAGAGUUACUGGUCCGUAGGAGAACCUCAUAACUUCAGUAAAGAACCUGGACCCUCAGACACAAAACUGACUUCAGAUCAGAAGAUGAGUGAUUUGGAGGAAGAGGAGGACGGAGCAGAGUCUGUAGUAUCUGGCUGUCAGUCUAUGAAGAGUGACCGGUCCAGAAGAGAACCUCCAGAAUUCAGUACUGAACCUGGACCCUCAGACACAAAAAAGAGGAACAGGAGUGAUGUUUGUGAGGAGGAGCAGCCAUCAAGCUGUGCUUUGUGUCAGGACGUCCUGAAGGAUCCAGUCUCUACCAGCUGUGGACUCUGGUUCUGCAGACAGUGCAUCACCUCAUACUGGGACCAGUCUGCUUCAUCAGGAGACUCCUGCUGUCCCCAGUGUGGAGAAAGAUCCAGAACAAUGUACGUUGUUAAACAUGAACAUAAGAUCAGUGUGAAGGGGACAUAUGAACGUGUGACUGAAGGAGCUGAUCAAACAGGAAGUGGAACCCUCCUCAACAGGAUCUUCACUGCGCUCUACAUCACAGAUGAACUGAGUGAAGAAGUUAAUACCCAACAUGAGGUGAGGCAGCUCGAGACAGCUUCCAAGAUGGACACCCUCCAUGAAUCUCCAAUCAAGUGCAGCGACAUCUUUAAAGCCUUACCUGACCAACAGAAACACAUCAGAGUCGUUAUGGUGAUCGGCGUCACUGGCGUUGGAAAAACCUUCUCAGUGCAGAAGUUCUGUCUGGACUGGGCCGAGGGUUUGGAAAACCAAGAUGUGGAUCUGGUGAUUCCUUUUUCCUUCAGGGAGCUGAACUUGAUCAAAGAUGAGCAGUACAGUCUUCUGGAGCUGCUCUGUGUUUUCCAUCCAUCAUUACAGGAGGUCACAGCAGAGCAGCUCGCUGGCUCUAAAGUUCUCUUCAUCUUUGACGGCCUGGAUGAAAGCAGACUUUACCUGGAUUUCAACAACAAUGAGGCUGUUUCUGAUGUCACACAGAAGUCAUCAGUCAACGUGCUGUUGACAAACCUCAUCGAGGGGAAGCUGCUUCCCUCGGCUCUCGUCUGGAUAACUUCCCGACCUGCAGCAGCCAAUCAGAUCCCUCCUGCGUGUGUUGACAGGGUAACCGAAGUACGAGGCUUCACUGACAACCAGAAGGAGGAGUACUUCAGGAAGAGAGUCAGUGAUGAAGAGCUGUCCAGCAGAAUCAUCUCCCACAUCAAGACCUCCAGGAGCCUCCACAUCAUGUGUCUGAUCCCAGUCUUCUGCUGGAUCACUGCUACAGUUCUGGACCACAUGUUGACUACAGACCAGGGAGGAGAGCUGCCCAAGACCCUGACCGACAUGUACUCACACUUCCUGCUGGUUCAGACAAAGAGAAAGAAGCAGAAGUAUGCUGAGGGACAUGAGACGAGUCCACAGGAGCUGGCGGAGGCUGACAGGGAAGUUCUUCUGAAGCUGGGGAGGCUGGCGUUUGAACAGCUGGAGAAAGGAAACAUCAUGUUCUACCAAGAAGACCUGGAGCGCUGUGGUCUGGAUGUCACAGAGGCCUCGCUGUACUCAGGAGUUUGUUCAGAGAUCUUCAAAAGAGAGAGUGUGAUCUUACAGAAAACAUUCUACUGCUUCUUUCAUAUGAGCAUUCAGGAGUUUCUGGCUGCAGUCUACCUGUUCAGCUGUUACACCAACAGGUACACCGAGGUAAUGGAGGACUUCCUGGGAGAAGACUUCAAACACAGGGACUCAAAACCAAAGUCUUUUCUCAAGAAGAUUUCUACGUCUUUUGGGAAGAAAGAUAGCCAUUGUGACAGUGAACAUGACAAUUACCCAUCUCUGGAUGUCUUCCUGAAGAGAGCCACGGAGAAAUCCAUGAGGAGUAAAAAUGGCCACCUGGACCUGUUUGUCCGCUUCCUUCAUGGCCUCUCUCUGGAGUCCAACCAGAGACUCUUAGGAGGCCUGCUGGGUCAGACAGACAACAGUCGAAAAAUCAUCCAGAGAGCCAUCAACAACCUGAAGGAGAAGAAGACCAAAAUGUCUCCUGACAGAAGCAUCAACAUCUUCCACUGUCUGACGGAGAUGAACGACCACUCAGUCCAUCAGGAGAUCCAAAAGUUCCUGAAGUCAGAGAACAGAUCAGAGAAGGAACUCUCUGUGAUUCACUGCUCAGCUCUGGCCUACAUGCUGCAGAUGUCAGAGGAGGUUCUGGAUGAGUUGGACCUGAGUCAGUACAACACAUCAGAUGAGGGACGACUGAGACUGAUUCCAGCUGUGAGGAACUGCAGAAAGGCUCGAUUGAGCAACUGCAGUUUGUCAGAGAUCAGCUGUGCUUCUCUGGUCUCAGCUCUGAAGUCCAACCCCUCCCAUCUGAGAGAGCUGGACCUGACUAACAACUACGACCUGAAGGAUUCAGGAGUGAAGCUGCUGUGUGCUGGAUUGGAGAGUCCAAACUGUAGACUGGAGACUCUGAGACUGACUUCAGAUCAGAAGAUGAGUGAUUUGGAGGAAGAGGAGGACGGAGCAGAGUCUGUAGUAUCUGACUAUCAGUCUCUGAAGAGUGACCGGUCCAGAAGAGAUCCUCUAUACUUCAGUAAAGAACCUGGACCCUCAGACACAAAACUGACUUCAGAUCAGAAGAUGAGUGAUUUGGAGGAAGAGGAGGAUGGAGCAGAGUCUGUAGUAUCUGGCUGUCAGACUAUGAAGAGUGACCGGUCCAUGCCAGAACCUCAUAACUUCAGUAAAGAACCUGGACCAUCAGACACAAAAGUCCAGAACAACAGAUGGAGAGCAGAGUCUGUAGUAUCUGGCUGUCAAUCUAUGAAGAGUGAUCAGUCCAAACAUGAACCUCUGACCUUCAGUAAAGAACCUGGACCCUCAGACACAAAAGUCCAGAACAACAGAUGGAGAGCAGAGUCUGUAGUAUCUGGCUGUCAGUCUAUGAAGAGUGACCGGUCGAUGCCAGAACCUCUGACCUUCAGUAAACAACCUGGACCCUCAGACACAAAAAAGACAGACAGGAGUGAUGUUUGUGAGGAGGAGCAGCCGUCCUGCUGUGCUUUGUGUCAGGACGUCCUGAAGGAUCCAGUCUCUACCAGCUGUGGACACUGGUUCUGCAGACAGUGCAUCACCUCAUACUGGGACCAGUCUGCUUCAUCAGGAGACUCCUGCUGUCCCCAGUGUGGAGAAAGUUCCAGAACAAUGUACGUUGUUAAACAUAAACAUAAGAUCAGUGUGAAGGGGACAUAUGAACGUGUGAAUGAAGGAGCUGAUCAAACAGGAAGUGAAACCCCCCUCCACAGGAUCUUCACUGCACUCUACAUCACAGACGGACAGAGUGAAGAAGUUAAUACCCAACAUGAGACAGCUUCCAAGAUGAAGACCCUCCAUGAAACUCCAAUCAAGUGCAGCGACAUCUUUAAAGCCUUACCUGACCAACAGAAACACAUCAGAGUCGUUCUGACGAGCGGCGUCGCUGGCGUUGGAAAAACCUUCUCAGUGCAGAAGUUCUGUCUGGACUGGGCCGAGGGUUUGGAAAACCAGGAUGUGGAUCUGGUGAUUCCUCUUUCCUUCAGGGAGCUGAACUUGAUCAAAGAUGAGCAGUACAGUCUUCUGGAUCUGCUCCGUGUUUUCCAUCCAACAUUACAGGAGGUCACAGCAGAGCAGCUCGCUGGCUCUAAAGUUCUCUUCAUCUUUGACGGCCUGGAUGAAAGCAGACUUUACCUGGAUUUCCACAACAAUGAGGCUGUUUCUGAUGUCACACAGAAGUCAUCAGUCAACGUGCUGUUGACAAACCUCAUCCAGGGGAAGCUGCUUCCCUCGGCUCUCGUCUGGAUAACUUCCCGACCUGCAGCAGCCAAUCAGAUCCCUCCUACCUGUGUUGACAGGGUAACAGAAGUACGAGGCUUCACUGAGCGCAGGAAGAGGGAGUACUUCAGGAAGAGUGUCAGUGAUGAAGAGCUGUCCAGCAGAAUCAUCUCCCACAUCAAGAGUUCCAGGAGCCUCCACAUCAUGUGUCUGAUCCCAGUCUUCUGCUGGAUCACUGCUACAGUUCUGGACCACAUGUUGACUACAGACCAGGGAGGAGAGCUGCCCAAGACCCUGACUGACAUGUACUCACACUUCCUGCUGGUUCAGAUAAAGAGGAAGAAGCUCAAGUAUGCUCAGGGACAGAAGGCGAGUCCACAGGAGCUGCGGAGGGCUGACAGGGAAGUUCUUCUGAAGCUGGGGAGGCUGGCGUUUGAACAGCUGGAGAAAGGAAACAUCAUGUUCUACCAAGAAGACCUGGAGCGCUGUGGUCUGGAUGUCACAGAGGCCUCACUGUACUCAGGAGUUUGUUCAGAGAUCUUCAAAAGAGAGAGUGUGAUCUUCCAGAAAACAGUCUACUGCUUCGUUCAUCUGAGCGUUCAGGAGUUUCUGGCUGCAGUCUACCUGUUCCACUGUUACACCAACAGGAACACACAGGUUCUCAAGGACUUCCUGGGGAGAGGCUGGGACUCUGACAACAGUGACCUGAAGAAUGGCAAUGAUAACAAUAACCCAUCUCUGGAUGUCUUCUUGAGGAAAACCAUGGAGAAAUCCCUGAGGAGUAAAAAUGGCCACCUGGACCUGUUUGUCCGCUUCCUUCAUGGCUUAUCUCUGCAGUCCAACCAGAGACUCUUAGGAGGCCUGCUGGGUCAGACAGACAACAGUCCAGAAAUCAUACAGGGAGCCAUAAACAACCUGAAGGAGAAGAAAACCAAAAUGUCUCCUGACAAAAUCAUCAACAUCUUCCACUGUCUGACGGAGAUGAACGACCACUCAGUCCAUCAGGAGAUCCAAGAGUUCCUGAAGUCAAAGGACAGAUCAGAGAAGGAACUCUCAGGUAUCCACUGCUCAGCUCUGGCCUACAUGCUGCAGAUAUCAGAGGAGGUUCUGGAUGAGUUCAACCUGCGUCAGUACAACAUAUCAGAUGAGAGACGAAUGAGACUGAUUCCAGCUGUGAGGAACUGCAGAAAAGCUCUAUUGAAGGACUGCUGUUUGUCAGAGAUCAGCUGUGGUCCUGUGGUCUCAGCUCUGAAGUCCAACCCUUCCCAUCUGAGAGAGCUGGACCUGAGCUUCAACUGCAACCUGAAGGAUUUAGGAGUGAAGCAGCUGUGUGCUGGAUUAGAGAGUCCAAACUGUAGACUGGAGACUCUGAGAUUGAGGUGGUGCUGUUUGUCAGAGAUCAGCUGUGCUGCUCUGGCCUCGGCUCUGAAGUCCAACCCCUCCCAUCUGAGAGAGCUGGAUCUGAGAGACAACAAGGAGCUGAAGGAUUCAGGAGUGAAGCUGCUGUCUGGUUUUCUGGAGAGUCCAAACUGUAGACUGGAGACUCUGAAAUUGAGGAACUGUGGUUUGUCAGAGAUCAGCUGUGCUGUUCUGGUCUCAGCUCUGAAGUCCAACCCCUCCCAUCUGAGAGAGCUGGAGCUGAAGCACAACAGCCUGAAGUGGUCAGACGUGAAGCAGCUGCGUGAUCUGAAGGAGAGUCCAGACUGUAGAUUGGAGACUCUGGAAUGGACGGGGCCUCGGCUUCCAGUAAAGUGAUCAGAAGGAGGAUGUGUGGGAGGAUCAGCUGAGUCCUGAUGAUCCCGAGAGGUUGAACCAGCAGCAGCACCUCUAAGUGGGCCAUGUUACUGGGAGGUAGAGUGGAGAGACUGACUGAGGCUCUGCACGCUUCCACAUUAGAAAUGGCACGUGGCCAUGAAAGAAGUAUGUCGGGCAAGUUGAUUGGCCGACAUUAGCCUCUCUGGGUCAGUGACGGGGGCUCUGUCUCCAUCAGAAUCAGCUGACUCAGCAUACGUCAGACUACAGAGUGGAGCCAAGUGUGGAAAGCAUAUGUUUGCUAACAUUUCACAUUUUCACAUCAAUGGUAAACUUGACUGUCGUCGCUGCAGGACAGUCACCUGUUUGUCUGAUAAACUUAACUGCCCCGCCCGCUGAAACAACCGUUACCUCACAGAGACCUUUACACAUUUAAGUGCUGUCAAGUAUGUAUAUAUAUAUAUAUAUAUAUAUAUAUAUUUGUAGAAUAUAUAUUUGUAAUUUUUUAUUUGUUCUGUACUGCUGUCAUGAAUCAGCCAUUCAUGAACCUCGCUAUUGUCGCCCACUGUUCACGUGGUUUUAAAACGUCUUCUUUUCUUUGAAUCAUCCUCAUCUUUUUGUUGGUUGCUUCUUUCAACCGGCCUUUUUACCACAGUAAUGUGCCGCCAUUUUUUUUAAUUAGCUUAAACGAAAGAAAUUGCGGACUUGGUUGAAAUGUGAAAGAAAAAACAACUAAUGAAUCACUCAAUUCUCAUUGGCUACCCGCCAACGUGGCAGGUAGACAGUUUCACCCGCCAAUGGCAAAAUUCACCUGCAUUCGGCGCGUGGUCAGGUGUUAAUUUCAGGCCUUGCACACACACAGACACACACAGACACACACAGACACUCUCACACACGGGUCCCGACUCGGAGUUCUUUAACCCCGUGCUAAUAGGGAAGAGUUGGCUCAAGAAGGCCGACAGAAGAAGCUCUCAGUGAAUGAAAAAGAACUGAUAUGAAUGUAAUAAAAUUAAUAAAUCAGUUUGUUGUUUGGACAAAUUGUGUAUUUACCAUUAAUACAAUCUUAUGAAAAAGUGUUUUAUAUUUUCCAGGCCAGUGAUCUGGAUUAUUUUGAUAUCUUUUUGUCCCGUUGAUCACUGGGCUUCUCCAGCUGGACAUGAUUGAUUCAGAUAUUUUGGAGCCAGAGUGACUCAGCAGAUUAGGACAGCAGAACUGUAGAUUUCCAGUCAUUUAAACUGCCCUCAGCUUCUAUUCCUGUUAAAUCGGCCUAUCUCUGGAUCUCUUUGGGUUGCGUCUUCACGCUGUUGAAUGAUGAACUGCUGUUAAAGUUGAUCAGAUUCUGGAACUUGAAGGUUGAUGUCAGAACUCAGAAGUCUGCCAGUAAGUUUAAUUCUCAUUCUCAUCAGUGCUGGAUUAUAUUUCUGUACAUUUGUUCUUUCUUCUGUAUGUUUACGUUCUUAUUUCAUAUGAAUCAUUACAUCCUGUAUCACUGUAAUAAAAGUAUGAAAAUGGGGAUCAACCCAACAUCA